AUGCCUGGAAGAUUAGAAGGAAAGAAUGCCAUCAUCACCGGUGCCGCAGGCGGCAUUGGCCUUGAGACCACUAUCUUAUUUCUUCGCGAAGGAGCUUCCGUGUUAAUGACGGAUAUCAACCAUGCGGUCCUCGACAAGGCACUCCACAAAGUACAAGGUCUCGUGAAGAACCCUGCUGGCCGUGUCGAAUCCCGUGUCGUCGACGUGUCUAAGGAGGCUGAUGUGGAGGCUGCUGUCGCCCACCUCGACAGCUGGGGAGGCCUUGAUGUCAUGUUCAACAAUGCCGGCAUCAUGCACCCCAAGGACGGUGACGCAGAGGAGUGCCCCAAUGACAUCUGGGACCUCACGAUGAACAUCAACGUCAAGGGUGUGUGGUACGGGAGCAAACACGCCGUGAAGUCGCUACGGAAGCAUAACAAGAAGAAGGGCAGCAUCAUCAACACCGCCAGCAUGGUUGCCAUCGUCGGCGCGGCGACACCCCAACUUGCCUACACUGCCAGCAAGGGCGCCGUGCUCGCCCUGACCCGCGAGCUCGCAAUAGUGCAUGCCCGUGAGGGUUAUCGAUUCAACUCUCUCUGCCCUGCGCCACUCAACACUCCCAUGCUCCAGGAUUUCCUGGGCGACGACAAGGCCAAGCGUUUCAGGCGCGAGGUUCAUUUCCCCAGUGGCCGGUUCGGCGAAGCCAUUGAGCAAGCCCACGCUGCUGUCUUCCUUGCCAGCGACGAGAGCAGCUUUGUCAAUGCCCACGACAUGGUCGUUGAUGGUGGUCUGACCAAGGCAUACGUGACUCCCGAAGGCCCUGCGACUGAGCCGCCUUGUAACAACGCGUUUUAG